CCGUGGUGGCAUGCUCAAAUCUUAAUUUCGUUCAUCUUAACGACUGUUAACCUUUGGAACAUUUUAAAUAGCUUUUUUAAUAGCCUAUUCUCUUAUUACGGAAUGGUGUGCGUCUGGCUAGGGCUAUUCCCAUAGAAUAUAAUCCAUUCCAUGUCUAUGGCUAUUCCAAUAGGGAGAGCGCUGCCAGCAAUAGUCAAGUUGUUUGCUGAACUGAGACGAAAAUGUAGGACGUGUCCCAGGAUUGAACGGCUUUGGUUAUGGCUAAACAGAUGCUAUUUCUCUACUCUGCUUAAACGCGCCUUCUGGUUUUUAAUUCUACUCCCCAUACACGCCUGGAGAUUGAUCCUCCCAAAUUGUCUUCCUGAUCAUCCAGGACUCCUUCCCAGAACAGAAUCACUUCCCAGGUCAGAUCACAGAUAUGAUAUUAAACACACCGACGAUUACUACUGCAACUACGACUCGACAUGGAAGAAUCCAACAAGUGAAGAAUCUAGUCGUGAGAGAACCAACAAUUACACCAGUCGGUCAACAAGGCAACGAGAUGAUAGGCGUAUGCCUAAUUUACAGUUCUAUCGUGGACAGAGGGCCUCCUCCCCUGAUGGUGUCUACAUUGACGACUUUCACAAUAACUGGUAUGGGAAAUAUUCAAAAUUGGAAGCUGUUCACUCAUACAUCCAAUGGUUGUUCCCUCUUCAAGAACGAGGAAUGAAUUAUCAAGCCAAAGAACUCACCAAGAAGGAAAUUGAGGCUUUUCUUGAAGAUGAAACUGUGAAGAAGAGGCUGGUCAAGUCGUACAAGCUCAUGCUGGACUUCUACGGCAUACAGAUGUCAAAUGACACAACAGGGGAAGUGCGACGUGCUAAUAACUGGCGUGACAGAUUUGACAACAUGGACAGACAUACACACAACAACCUGCGCAUCACCCGCAUCCUGAAGUGCCUGGGCACUCUGGGGUUCCCCCACUACCAGGCCCCACUGGUCCGCUUCUUCCUGGAGGAAACUCUUGUUAAAGGCCAGCUGUACAAUGUGAAGGAGAGCGUGCUCAACUACUUCAUCUUCGCUGUCAUUGAUAAGCAACAACGCAGGGAAUUAGUUAAGUAUGCCUAUGAGGUCAAACAUGAGUUGGUGUCGUGCCCUAAGAAGAUCAAGAGUACAUUUAGGGAGGGGACAUUCCCAGAUUAUAAAAACCCAAUUGAUCUGAAACUAGAUCUGAAACAGAAUGGCAUAUACUCAGAUGACAGUGAUGACAACACUACCAGUCAUCAGUCUGUCUCACUAUGUUAACAAGGGUAAGCCAACGGAUAGGUGUGGAAUGGCAAAUGAGGUUAGUGACUUAGCGCGAUUGGGGACGCCAAACAACGAGUGGUUGACACGGGUAUCCAUACCUCAUGAUAACAUGCGUGGUCUGGCGACCAGUUACACACAGAGGAACAAAGGCACCAGUCAGGCCUCCAAGACUACUAGUGGAAGGAAUCAAAACACCAGUGCUGAUUCAUCCUCUGAGUGUCUACCAAUUAGGCAAAAUGAUACUGCUCAGUCCAGUUAUGGAGCUUUUGGUAAUGGGAGCUCUUUAACUAUCCGCCUACUCUAACGCCCCACUACUGAUUCUCUGAAAAUAAUAGCUGCAGCUAUUAAACAAUCAGAAUGUGGACCUAGCGGUGUAGUUUCAGAGACAAUUACUGAUGAUCGGAGAAAGAGAGCUAGACACAAGCAAACAGAGCAUAACCUUAACAAACUUAGAAGAGUAAAAGACUAAUAAAGAUGAUGCUGAUGAUAGAAAAAAGAAGGGACCUGCAGAUAAGCAAGAAGAGAGUGAACCAAGCAAAGAGGUUUCAGAGGACAAUAUUAGCACAUCCAGUGAAAGUUAAUCGAAUAAGAAACCGCUGUGCCCAGCAAAGAAAAAGUUACUCCAGGGAAAGAUUCAGUGUUUGAGGUAAUGUGAAGAUUGAUUAGAGUAUUCACCCAUGUCCUGCACUAAUGAAGGGAGAAAAAACAAGAAUGACAUGAAUUAUUUUCAUUUCAUUUCAUCAGAACAAUUCAAGUUUAAAGUUAUGCAAUUUCACGUUUGAUUUCUGAUCACAUGUAUAAUUUAUCAGUUGGUUGUUAUCCUUAUUUUUUUUAAACAAUACAAAUGUUAUAUGUUGAUUAAUCUUUUCAAAUCCACAAUGAUUUUUAUGUUAGCGGUUGAUUUUGUAAUGGCAUAUUUUUGGUUUGGAGGGUUUCUUAUAUGGAUUUUUGGGUACAUGUACAAGAAAUUGGUCUAUGCUAUGAUCAGGUCAGUUUUUAAUGGUGAUGCUUGCCUCCAAGGUAUUUGAAAUACUUUCUACUGCUUAACAUAUUUUAAAUGCAUUUAGUGCCUAAACAUAUGUACCACCAGGGGUGCCUAAUGAUUUGCAUGCAUAUAACAAAUGAAAUGUGAAUUUAAUCAAAUAAAAUAAAUUCUAUGACAA